GGAUUUUAAAGACACGCCUAACGAGCUAAAAACACCCAGAUUGUUGGUUUUAUCACCAGCAAAUAGUGCUAACAUGACGUGGUUUGUUUGGCUAACCUGCAACAAGACCGAGUAGAUGCUAGCGUUGUUGUCCUCUUUUUUUUUUUUUUUUGAAGCGGUUGUCUUUGAUGUUCGACUAGAACAACAACACAAUGGCUACGUGUUUGCCUUGCUUGUUGUCAACGGGAUUUGUGUCAAAUUUGGCCCUUCUUUUUACACGUUGGCACACCAGCUUGUUUACAUAAUGCACAGCGGACGUCAGCUGAGACUCCUGCUGCUGCUGUUGUCUUUUGCCUCAAAACACUUCGAGAAAUUCCUCUUGUCCUCAAUGCCACCCACUGGGGGGUUUCUAACGUGUCGCUUUUCGAGCAGUUGUCACUUGUGAAGUGCUAGCAACUGUAGUCGCUUGUGCUGGUUUAGCGUGCGAGCGACAAGUCUUGUUGGUUGAUUUUCAACAUCAAAAUGGCCACCUGAUCACCAGAGGAUCGCCCCACUCUUGCUCGUGUGGCCUCUCUGCAAACAAAACAAGUCGGUGGGGGGAAAAAACGUAUGGAUUGCGUGGAAUCGUUUUUGAAAACAACGGAGGAAGCGCCGUACGAGGGUGGCGUGUGGAAGGUGCGAGUGGACCUCCCUGAUAAAUAUCCUUUCAAAUCACCGUCAAUAGGAUUCAUGAACAAGAUUUUCCAUCCCAACAUUGAUGAAGCGUCAGGAACUGUUUGUUUAGAUGUCAUCAACCAGACGUGGACAGCUCUUUAUGACCUGACCAAUAUCUUUGAGUCGUUCCUGCCGCAGCUGCUGGCCUACCCCAACCCCAUCGACCCUCUGAACGGAGACGCCGCCGCCAUGUACCUGCACAGGCCAGAGGAGUACAAGCAGAAAAUCAAAGAGUACAUCCAGAAAUAUGCAACAGAGGAGGCGCUCAAGGAGCAGGAGGAGGGUGCCGGCGACUCCUCGUCCGAAAGCUCCAUGUCCGACUUCUCCGAGGACGAGGCCCAGGACAUGGAGUUGUAGUAGACCCCCCAACCCCAUUUGUCCCGCCUCUUGAUAAGCCCCGCCUCCUCCUCCUUUACUCCCCACAGAGACUAUAUUUGAUUUCCUAACCAUGACAAAGCAGACUUAUAAUAUUCAUAUUUAAACACUUUUGAUUUUUAUUAUUAUUAUUAAUACUAAACAAGGAUUUUUAUGAAUGAUCUAGCCUGUAGCGCCCCUUCCCGUCAUCCCUGCAUUUUCUUCACGCUCCCUGUGUGCGUCAAUCGCCUCGGGACGAGGCAAAGACAGUAUUUGAGACGCACAAUCACACACAGGGUAACCAAGCAGGACAACACAAACCUUCUUUCCCCCUUUUUUUUCCAACAAAUCGUGAAGCACCUGAACGAACAACAUGGCUUCCUUGGCUCGGGAUUCAGUGUCUUCGCUCCCUCCGUUACAAACAUGUCAGUCCGAGUAUACUAAAGGACCUGAGGAUGCAGUAGUUGGUUUGUGGACUUUUCCUUUUCUCCUGGACGACGGAGGACAAGAGCACAUUUCUUAGCUCCACUUCCUGUCAUGUGACCCCCCCCGGACAAUCUUCAAAGACUUUGGGAAGCAAGCUAGCGCACAUCCGACAAAUAGAUACUAGCGCUCACAGCUACGUAGUUAGUUAGCGUCUGUGGUGUGAUGAAAUGUAAACGAUGCUACGUUUGUACAGGUGUUUCUUAGCCUACUUUCACUUCCUACAAAGGGUCCUGCAUCUCCAGUGUUAGCUUAUGUUCGCAAGGACACGCAAGAAACCUUACCUUUGCAGCCGCCACUGUUUCAUAAAUUGGAAAGGAGUUUUUUGUUUUAAAAACAAAAAGUAAUCCAGAUUGGAAUUCUUGCUUUUUCUUUUUUACCACAGUGCAGUAUUGUACUGGACUCCUGUAAUCCCACAUGGAAAGUUCUUCUAAAGGCCAAACAAAUGCUGAUUUGUGUCCGCAAACUGCUCUCUUUAUGUUCACGCGUGUAGGUUUUGUUUUUAAACCAAGCUUUGUGCACCUGCUGGGUAAUCAAGUGAUGGUAUACUCCGUUUGCUGUGGAAAGCUAAUUUAAACUCUUACCUUCACAUAUAAUCCUUCAAACUAAAGAGCAACUUAAAUGCUUUUAUUUAACAAAACCUCUUAACUGCCCUUGGUUCAAAAGUGAAGGAUGAUGCAUUCAGGGACCGUCCAAUGUUUUUUCCUCCCCGUUAUUGUGCCCAAUUAUCACACACCGCAGCAUGUUCUUUUUCAUUUUUAGAUAUAUUCUGACAAAGACAUGCACCCUUGGUUUUAUUCAUACUCACCCCUGUUCUAUAUUUUUUUCUUUGCAUUGUAAAGUGGGCAUGCUUUGUCAAACAAAAAAGGACAAAUGCUCUCCAUGGAAUAGGCUUAUAACCUCAUAAAUAGUGGUGUAAA